AUGGCUAUGCCAAGUAAUAAGUCACCAGGACCAGAUAAAAUAGGCAUGCGUGUCAUCAAAGACUGUCUUCCAAUCAUACUGGGUCCUCUUACGCAUAUGAUAAAUUGCUCUCUAAUGACAAGCACAUUCCCUGACCUAUGGAAGAUUUCUGAAGUUAUACCCCUACUAAAAGAAGGAGACCACGAGAUAGCCUCAAACAAUCGGCCUCUCUCACUACUCGAGGUAGUUUCAAAAGUUUGUGAAAAAGUUGUUCUAAAUCAAUUUAGCUCCUACCUCAAAGAAUUUAAUCGCAUAUCGUCACAUCAAAGCGGGAAUAGGAGUCUUCACUCCACCGAAACCUUAAACAUAUUUGUUACCGAUACGAUGUUGGAAGCCAUAGACAACAAAAAUCUAACGGCACUAAUUUUAUUAGAUUUAUCCAAGGCAUUUGACAGUGUCAGUCAUUCGAUUUUAUUACACAAAUUGAGUUGUAUCGGUGCUUCACCCGAAGCUGUUAAAUGGUUCCAAGACUAUUUAACAGGCAGAUCCCAAUACGUGCGCAUUGGAUCCACCAAGUCAUCAGCUCGCCCAAUAACCCAUGGCGUUCCACAAGGUGCAAUACUAUCACCACUUCUGUUUUGCAUCUAUAUUAAUGAUCUGCCAGGGAGCAUACAAUCGUGUAACCUUGAUUCAUACGUAGACGACUCAAAGCUUUACAAAUCAUUCUGCAUCUACGACUUGGAACAGACAACUAUCAAUUUAGAGGCAGAUCUACAAAUAGCAGCCAAGUGGUGUUUGGAGCACCAAUUACUGAUCAAUCCAGAAAAAACUAAAUUCCUUUUAGUCGGUUCAAGACCCAUGCUGCAGAAUGUACCUACAGAAAUAUCGCUAACAUUUUUAGGAAAGACUAUAAGACCUGUUUUAUUAGCUAAAGAUUUGGGUAUCAAUUUGGAUUCGUACCUAUCCUACGACGACCACAUAUCUAAACUCGUUUCGUCGUGUAUGAGAAAACUAUGUCAAAUAAAUCGCGUGAAGGAUAGUUUCGAUAAUGAAACAUUAAAAUUGGUCAUUGAGACACUUGUAAUUAACAAGCUUCUGUACUGCUCUACGGUGUGGUCCAACACGUCAUCUAACAAUAUCAAUAAACUUCAAUCAGUGCAGAACUUCGCGUGCAGAGUUAUAUCAGGGGUAGGAAAGUUCGAUCACAUAACUCCGGCGUUGCGCGAACUAAAUUGGUUGCCAGUGGAAAAGUUAUUAUUGGAAAGGGAUACUGUAAUGGCUUACAAGUGUUUUAAUGGACUUGCACCUGACUACCUAGUAGAUAAAUUUAUAAAGCGUUCCGACAUACAUGAUCGAUCGACAAGAAAUCAUGACCUCUUGGACAUCCCUCUGUAUAAAUCUGCUACAGGUCAAAGAACAUUUAAUUACCGGGGUGUUAAAAUAUGGAAUGACUUGGAUGAUAAACUAAAAAAUAUUACAUCAAUAACAAUUUUUAAGAAAAAACUUAGGGAGAUUUUACUAAAAGAAUCCUAUUAA